CGCAGCUCACGAGCCACGCCGGGCGGUUGAAUUUUCCAUGUGGUGCCAGCCACGCUCCCUUGCUACAGCUGUAGGCGCCGCACCGGUCCGGCCCCGCGGAACCGUCCGUCCGCGCGGUCCGCACGAGAGCGGCGCGCCGGACCGCGCGGGGGGCGGGCGGCGGUGGUGCCACUACGCGGCGGCGGGGGUGCUGGCGGGGCUCGUGAGAGGCCAGAGACCAGGGCAUCGAGCGCGCACUGGUGCAGUUGUGAGCAGCAUGGCCGCACAGGACAUGGGGAUCCUCUUGAUUGAGCACUUGAACCUCAACGUGAGCAGCACGGAGAUCGCAGUGGAAUUCUACGAGGCGCUAGGCUGCUGCAGAGAUGAGCGGCGGCCCUUGACCAAGACUUUGCACAGCAAUUGUGGCGCGCUGACGCAGUUCCACACGCCUUCUCCAGAGAAUGAAGCCUACAUCGCAGAUGCUGGGCCUCAGCGUUGGCGUGGCACGAUCCACGUAGCCUACGACAGCCCAGCAAUGUUGGAGGCGGCGGCUCAGCGGUUGAGAACGCUGCAAGCUGAGGAACGCUUUGCAUCCACGGACCUGACGCUGGGCGAGUGGCAGGAGGAUCUGCAGGAGCUUUCAGUGCUGGGGCCUUAUGGGAAUCGCUUCCUCCUCCAUGUGGCACCUGCGAAGCUGGACGCGCUGGGGCCGCGCUGCGGCGCGCGCCCGGGCAGUGAGAAGAGCCGAUGCCUUGGGAUGGAUGCCUUGACCUUGGAGGUCCCUGUCGGCACCGCGAAGAAAGCAGCUCUCUUUUACAAAGAGGUCCUCGGCUGCGCCGUGCGCGACGUGGACGGCUGCGCCGACGGCUGCGCCGUGCUGGCGGGGCCUGGCCUGGCGCAGGAACUGCGGUUUCAGGAGGUCGAAGGCUGUUCUGGAAAAGAGGUUGGGGAGCACAUGGCCAUCUAUGUGAACGACUUCGAAGGUUGCUUCCAACGCCUCCUCGAGCGAGGCUUGGUCUGGGUGAACCCACGUUUCGUCCACUUGGAUAAGUCAACCACCCUGGAGGAGGCUUUGCACUACAGCUGCUUUCGUUUCAAGGAUGUGGUGGAUGAAACUGGUUCCAAGCUUUUCGAGCUGGAGCACGAAGUCCGGAGCACCAGCCACAAAAGUUGGCCCUUGGCCGGAGCAUGACUGUCCACGCUUCGAGUGACUAUGGGUGAAUUUCCCCCGCACCCAAGCAAUGAUAACUACUUUGGUUCCGGGUUCUUUUGCAACUUUCAUCCUGGGUGAGGGGGACAACCUACGUCACGAUGGCAAAGAACACGUCGAGACCCGAACCAGUCGCAGAACGGAAUCGCUUCGGAGAAAGGGCUGCUUGAUGAGCAGUCGUGAGAGUGCACAAGGGCGGUGGUGGAACGAUUGGUGCUUGCAAGAGUCGGUGCUAAAACACAAAACCUGCGCGGAACACAACCAACCUGCACAUUGUGGACACAAAGGACAAGGGUGUUUGACACCUACCAUUCCCAUUGUUUCUCGAGUGUUGUUUGAAGCCAUUGACCACUAUGAUCCCUUAUAUGGCAUGGAAAUAUGUGACCAUAUGCUUAUGGUCACGCUUUAGAGUGUUUGGAAAGAUACCUAAUGAUCGAUUGGAGAAGUCACGCUAGUAACCUCGUCGGGUCGCAGAAUUGUAGGAAGUGGUGUCCUCCUAGUUUGUUUAGAAAACGUGUUUUUCUUUUAGCGCCAUCCUUUCCCUUGGCAAAAGACACCUGUGUAUUUGCG